AUAUUAAAUCCAUAUAUUAGUCACCAAAAUUAUACCCAUACACUACUCAUAUCGAGAUGCACCGGAAAUACGCUACUCCUUGAUCCCAUUAUAAUUGAAUAAAAGAAAAGGCUUAAGUUUUUAUGAAAAAAAUGGAUAAUUGAAUUAAAUGAAAAAGUGAAUAUACCAAUUUUUCUGGGGUUCAUGCCAAAUCGUAGAUAGUCGGAACUAGGUAAAGAUUCUGCUAACAAACAGUUUACUCUUACAAUUGUUGCACAUCUUAUGUCUGCUCAGUGGUUUACUGGUUUGGUAAUUGUCCAAAAGAAUUGGGGAUCUUCUUCGUUAAGCUUCUUUUGUUGUAGAUAGUUGUGGCUGAUUGCUAUGGUGGGACCAACUUUGGAUUUUCUUUCAAAUAUGUAAAUUAUUGGUAUAUAAGCAAAACUCAUAACAAGUUUUUUGAUUUGGUUUUGAUGCAAGCAUGGAGUCAGACAGGUUAAAUCUUCCGGACACUUCAGUUGUUACAAUAGACUUACUAGGCCAUCAGUUGCAAUUUUCUCAGGAUCCAAAUUCCAAGCAUCUGGGAACAACAGUAUGGGAUGCAUCAAUGGUUUUCGCCAAGUAUCUGGAAAGAAACAGCAGAAAAGGGAGAUUCUGCCCAUCUAAACUCAAGGGGAAGCGAGUCCUUGAACUAGGAGCUGGUUGUGGAGUGGCUAGCUUUGGGAUGGCAAUGCUGGGAUGUGAAGUGGUCACAACUGACCAGAAAGAAGUGCUGCCCUUGCUACAGAGAAAUAUUGAACGUAAUACCUCACGAAUCAUGCAAGCAAAUGCUAAUUCAGAUUUAUUUGGCUCUAUCAAGGUUGCGGAACUAGAUUGGGGCAACAAGGAUCAUAUACAAGCGGUUGAUCCCCCAUAUGAUUAUGUGAUUGGCACAGAUGUGGUUUAUUCUGAACAUCUUCUUGAUCCAUUGCUGGAAACGAUUUGUGCUUUAUCAGGACCACGCACAACCAUUGUGUUGGGUUAUGAGAUACGCUCUACGAGUGUCCAUGAACAAAUGCUUCAAAUGUGGAAGAGCAACUUCGACGUAAAAACUGUUCCACGAACCAAGAUGGACAGAAAAUAUCAGCAUCCAAGUAUUCAGCUAUUCAUAAUGGAAUCAAAGUCGUCUGCUGGUAGCACGUUGGCUGCUGAUCUAGACAAAAACGAAGCAUCUGAACCCGUGGAUGGAGAUUAUAAUAAGAAGGAAGGAAAAAGCUGCUCGAUGGAUGACGACAUCAAGAGCGAGAAGGACGUAAAAGGUUGCUCGACUGCUACAGGACUGUCGAGUCGAGAGCUUACUGACUGGGAAGUGCGAAGGUGUGGUGCCAUGGCUGCUCGACUCCUUCGUGAUGUUAGGAUUAACUAAGUGUUCCGUUGCUUGCUGUCUUUUGCAGUUAAUAUCGUUACUUACGCUCAUUUUGGUGAAUUUUGGAUACUAGUAUAGGAUGAGCCGAACGCUCACCUUUGUGUGUUUUAUAAUUCAAUGUUAAGAGGGUUUUUAAUCAAAUAAUUGUUUGAAAUUAGUUGAUCAGGAUAACCGAUUUGAUAAUUUUGGCUCUGAAAUUAAUUGAUACCUUGAGGAUUUUAGACUUGAUGUUAGAUGAUACUUGUAACAAUUAUUUGGGGUGAAUUUAGGUACCUGAAAAAUCCAAAGUUUGUUUAUUAUUAUUAUUCUUAAAGUUAAUUAACUAAAAAUUUCAAAUGCAACUUAAUUAUAUUUUGAAUUAAGA